CCCCACGCGUUGGUCGUGUCUACAUACACACACUCUCUCUCUCUCUCUUUACACAGCAAUACAAAACUCCAGAAAGGAACCUUUCUCCACUGUGAUCUCUCUAUCUCUCUCUUCUUUCCUCUGUCCUUCCCUCACGGCGUCAUAAGACUCGGUUUCUUCCAACUUCUUCCUUCUUUCUUCCUUCUUUCCUGCUUCUGUCUUUUCCUCCCUCCUUUGUUUUCUAUCAAACCAGACUCUCUACAGGAAUACCCACGGGUCAUUUACCUGUUUUGUUUUCCUUUUCGUCUUUGGAUUGGAAGCUCAAGCUAAUGGUAUGGUUACUUCUUAAUCGUUAGAGAAACGUACAGGAUAUUGGAAGAAAGAUAAAACAUUGCGUUUUUGUGGGUUGAAGAGGUGAGCCAAAAUGGGAAACUGUAUACAUUCUUCUGCAGCUAAAGUAGAUACUACGCAAAGCUCACAUACUCCUUCUGGAGCCUCAAGAAUUUCCAGCAAAACCAGCCGUUCUUCAGUUCCAUCUACUCUAACCAUCCCAUCUUACAGUGGAAGGAGCAAUUCUGAAUGCCUUCCUACUCCAAGGACUGAAGGUGAAAUAUUGUCAUCCCCAAAUUUAAAGGCCUUCUCAUUCAAUGAACUAAAGAAUGCCACCAGAAACUUUCGUCCUGACAGUCUUCUGGGUGAAGGUGGUUUUGGUUGUGUUUUCAAAGGAUGGAUUGAUGAAAACACAAUGACUCCUGCAAAGCCUGGAUCUGGAAUGGUUGUAGCUGUCAAGAAGCUUAAACCUGAAGGUUUCCAGGGUCACAAGGAGUGGUUGACCGAAGUUAAUUAUCUUGGCCAACUUCAUCACCCAAAUCUGGUCAAACUGGUUGGUUACUGCUUGGAGGGUGAGAACCGGCUUUUGGUCUACGAGUUUAUGCCAAAAGGGAGCUUAGAGAAUCAUCUUUUCAGAAGAGGACCACAGCCGCUAUCAUGGGCAGUGCGAAUGAAGGUGGCCAUAGGUGCUGCCAGAGGGCUAUCUUUCCUUCAUGAUGCAAAAUCCCAAGUCAUAUACCGUGAUUUUAAGGCUUCUAAUAUCCUACUGGAUGCGGAAUUCAAUGCAAAACUUUCUGAUUUUGGUUUGGCCAAGGCAGGCCCCACUGGUGAUAGAACUCAUGUUUCAACUCAAGUCAUGGGUACUCAUGGCUAUGCAGCACCUGAAUAUGUUGCUACAGGUAGGUUGACAGCCAAGAGUGAUGUAUACAGCUUUGGGGUUGUAUUGCUUGAACUACUGUCUGGAAGAUGUGCUGUCGAUAAAACAAAGGUUGGUGUGGAGCAGAAUCUGGUAGAGUGGGCAAAACCCUAUCUUGGUGACAGGAGAAAAUUAUUCCGGAUAAUGGACACCAAGUUGGGUGGGCAGUAUUCCCAGAAAGGAGCCUGUAUGGCUGCUAACCUCGCCUUACAGUGUCUGAGCACUGAAGCCAAAGUUAGGCCUCGAAUGUCGGAGGUGUUAGCAGCAUUGGAGCAAAUUGAUUCCCCAAAAACUGUAGCCAAACAUUCCCAAUCAGAACUUCAGACUGUUCAGAUACCCUCCCGGAAGUCGCCAAUGAGACAUCAUCAUUCUCCUCUUAAUCUAACACCAAGUGCAUCCCCAUUGGCAUCCCACCGGCCAUCUCCACGAGUACGCUGAGUAGACCAUGUCUGUGUAUUUUACAUUCUCCACAUACACUUGCAAAUUCUCUUGUUGUAAAAUCUAAUUUGGGCGUGUAUCUCGCAGCAAUUUUGAUUCCAACUAAAACAGAUUAUCAUCACCUGUAUUGCUGAAGUUGUAGCUUUAUUUUCGGGGUAAUCUGCACUUCAGUUAUGUAAUUAUAUAUCCAGUGUCAAUAGCUUUUUUGCUAGAUA